CUGACGUGAUUCCGGACGUGAAUCCAGUACUGUGACAGGAACAGCAUCACGGGACUCUCAUUCUACGAAGCAAAUAAAUAAAAUAUUGCCUGUAAUCUAUCCGUACACAGUUGUAAUAUAAGACAAAAUGUCCAGGCAAUCGAACAGAACCACAGACAGCAAGAAGAUGAAUUCAGAGUUAUUCACUUUGACAUAUGGAGCCCUGGUCACUCAACUGUGUAAGGACUAUGAAAAUGAUGAGGAGGUGAACAAACAACUGGAUAAAAUGGGAUAUAAUAUCGGAGUUCGCCUGAUUGAAGACUUCCUGGCUCGGUCGACCGUGGGGAGAUGUCACGAUUUCCGAGAAACAGCCGAUGUCAUUGCAAAGGUAGCCUUCAAGAUGUACCUGGGUGUAACCCCAAGCGUAACCAACUGGAGUCCUGCUGGAGAUGAGUUUUCUCUUAUUCUUGAAAGCAACCCUCUAGUGGACUUUGUAGAGCUUCCUGAUAACCACAGUAACCUGGUGUACUCCAGCCUUCUGUGCGGAGUGCUAAGAGGAGCUCUUGAAAUGGUACAAAUGGCGGUGGAUGUGCGAUUCGCGCAGGAUACUUUGAGAGGUGACAAUGUGACAGAAAUUCGCAUGAAGUUCAUCAAAAGGAUCGAGGAGAACCUGCCAGCUGGGGAUGAAUGAGGUGGUUAGGCUAAGAGACAUUGGACUCAUCAACCUAAUAGACUUGGGGUGGGAACCAAAAACCAUUGUGUUUAAAGGAACAAUAGCAAUUUAAACCCACCAUUCUUACAAUACAAUAAAACGUGGAAAUCAGAAAGCUGUCUGGAGUUUACAAUGAUGAAGGUUUUCUCUGUUGCUGUUAGUCAUGUACUCCAUGUUUUGCCCUUGUCAAGGAUGUUGUGGUCCUUCCACCAUCUGGUCCAUGAUUUUACUUUCAUGAUUUUCCGCAAGUUGUACGACACAACGUUUGUAUUUUUUGUACUUUUUUUUCAGUUGGAAAUACAAGGCCUAAUUUAUUUAGCCGUAAAUCAUAAUCAGAUUGAAUAAAUCAUUAACUACAAACAAG